AUGGCUUCUACAUUUUCAGUUGAAAGCCAACUUGACUACAAUUUAUAUCUACCAAAUACAUUGCUAUCUCAUCAUACCACAGCUUCGACCUACGAGAAAGAGACAUUUAGAUUCUUUUUAACGAUUCCUUUGGUCCCAGAUUUCGAUCUUCACGAGGCUCUCGAGGUCCCCAAGGAUGCAUCCGCACAGGAUAUCACACUUCUUUCAAAAAGUGUCGCCAAAGCCGAGUUAAGGAAAACAAUGGAAGAUGCUGCAGCUAGUAUGAAAGAGAAGAUUGAUAUAGAAUAUAAGUUGAAGACGGAGGUUACAUUUUCUGCCAACGGUUGUGUCACGGAUGCUGAGAAGGAAGCAUGCUGCGAGCAUUGUUAUUUUUGGCCAAAGGAACAAAUGAAGAAGAAGUUCAAGUGUUUGACUUGUGGCCAGAAGAGAGGUAUGACACAAUAUAAAUGCCCAUACUGCGCCUUGGUCCUCUGUCGAUUGUGUCUUGGUGCAAAAUGGUUCACAAAGAAACUCUAG